UCCGAGGAGCACUGUAUAUGAACAAAGGAAAGCUAGCAUCUGGCUCGUGCUUUCAGUGAUACUCAAAAGGAAAUAGUUGGCGGAUUAAAAAUUUCCUACCAAAACUUAGCCUAUAUUCAGGAGGAGAUCAGCAAAGAAUUGCGAUGGACUUCAAGUUUAUUUUCUCCUUUCCUCUCACUAAACACAUGACAAGGACCGAAAAGUUUGUCCAGUGGUCGUGUAUUAUGUUUUAUUGCUUAGGAGGAGCAACAUUUCUUCUAUCCCCGCAGAUUGUGGGCUUUGUUUUCAAGCUGGACCUGGAGGGCUACUCUGGUGGCUACCUGCGCCUGCUAGGGCUCGCAGUGUUCGAAAUUGGCUUCAUCUUCAUCAUUUCAGCGCGUUCCUUUUGUAGAGGGUCACGCUAUGCGACCAUUCUAACCUCAGUGGUCGACCGUCUGGUUUGGGCUAAUUUCAUUUCGUUGAUGUUGGUCCUAAAAGGUUUGCUUCCUUUUAGACUCUCCUUAUUUUGGAUGGUACCCAAUUCCAUAUUCGCAUUCGCUAUAGUGGUUAUUUGGAGCCAUGAGACGAAGGAUGCCUCAGUAAACAAAUUUGUGCAAGAAGCCACUUCGGACAUACGACGGUUUGAAAUGGCUAAGACUGAAGCGCUGGUUGGUACUGUUUUUGUUCUUGGAAUCGUUCAAUUCUUCUUCUGGUCGCUUCUAGUUAUGAGGCCUGAUUUUUCUGCGAUAAUAUUUCAGCUGGAUAAAUUCAGUGGAUUUUCGCAAGGAUUUUUGGCUUCAUAUUUCUUUGUGAGAUCAGCCCAUGGAUUGCACUACACGAUUGCUGCGAGCAGUGGGAACAUUUGCAUUGUGUCUGCCUUUGUCUGUUGCCGAAUAUUUUUUAAUGUUCCAAUAUUUUUCUGCUUGCUUAUUUUUGAUCAGAUCGAGAAAAAUUUAUUUAUUGCGUUGUCGAGUCUUGAGCUUUUGAUAUCCACAAUCCUACUGACCGUUAUGAUGCGAGAAAAGCAUGUUACCGUAGACAACAAAGCGAAAUAGAUUUUGUUACUGCUCAUGCCUAGCCUUUUAAUGGACAUCUUUAGAUAAUAAUAAUGAUCUCCCAGCCCAACCAAUACCACAGUGAGAAAAACCGUCUUACUGGGCUACAUUUAUUAUUUGCUAGUUACAUUUUAUUUCUAUAAGGAAAGCAGUAUUUCGGGUUAAGAAGGAAAGUGAACACGAACGAGCGAAUCGUUUUUGUCCACUAAAUUCAAACAAAACUUUCUCGCAUAGAAAUCUGAAAUAAAGACGAAGUAAUACUUCUAUCAGCUUUUUAUGAGUACAUAUAAUCAUUAAUUAACGUCGAUUUUGUUUGCUUUAACAAUGCACAUAAAUUCAUGUGCGUUUCUUGAGAAAGCUUUGCUCUCUAAAGUGUGUGCACAUAAGUGUUGCCUCUGGCAAUUAUCGUUUUGGUACGACUUAUCAGUAAGUAAAUAGUUUGUUAUUUCACAUAUUAUACAGAAUUUAGAUGUAAACGAAAGGACCGUAAUGUAAUAUAUUGGUUUCAAUUGUUUGAUUACUACUACAACCACCACCUUAUUCAAGAAUAAAUUUCCAGGCUGUUACCAUUCA